AGCAACAAACCUGAGUUCUUUGACAAGCUUCCAUUCUCUGAGCGCCAGGUUUAUCCACAACACCAAGCCAUGUUUUCCCAGCAGCAGAAGCAGCCCUGUACUCUACCUCCCCAGCAGCAAUGUGCUUCCCAAACCAAGGAGCCUUGCCACCCCAAGAUCCCAGUGCCUUGCCAUCCCCAAGUGCCACAGCCUUGCCAUCCUCAGGUGCCACAGCUUUGCUAUCCCCAGGCUCCAGAGCCUUGCCAUCCUCAGGUGCCACAGUCUUGCAUACCCACUGUUACUCCACCUGCUCAACAGAAGUGCCCACAGGUACCCAAGACCAUGCAGAUGUAAGAAGACUCAGGACUUCCCUCCUGGGUACCAACCUCUGUGGGCAGAACCUCCAUCAAAUUAACUUUUCAGUUCUAAUUGCUCAAGCUCUCUGUGUUGCCCGGGAAAGUUCUCUUCUGGUGAUCUGCAGCCUGUAAUUCUCAUGUUCCAAUCAAUUACCAAGAGCUUUACCCUUCCUUUGGGUCCUGAAAAUGUUUUCUACACAAAUGUGUCCCUAUCCUGUGAUUCUGAAGCACAAGGACCAGGCUGAAGCUACACAUUCCUGAGCUGAUCCUCUGGCUACUCAACUGUCAGGGCCAAAAUCAGUCUAGCAAUGUUGUAAUCAAGAAAUGAUUGAAUCCUCCUCUCAUCCAUUAAACUUGCU